CAGCAUCUGGCUUAUGUUGCCUUGCCUACUCUGCAAGACAGGCGCUGGCACUGCCUGCGCGUCGUCUGUGUCGUGAUCUUGUGGCAGACCCUGCCGGGCAUCGCUUUCGCAACUGCGCGCAGCUUUUGCGUGCGCAGACAUGGUCGGCAGCGCGCCGAGAUGAAUGCAAUAUACUGCAUCUGCGAGCCGGGCCUGUUGCGCUGGCACUUGGAGCCGUCUACGGACCGGCUCACUACUCGGAAUGACGCUGCGAAUCAUCAUGACAGCCGGCCGGGAACGAGUUCGGGAGCGUCCUCACCAGGCCACCGGAAUCAAUGCGGCCGAUUUCUGAAUUCGUGAACGGCCCGCGGCGGCUCGGGGAUAUUUCUGCACGUCAAGGAAAUGCGGCCGCUGGGCGAAAUGGUUCGCGAUGAACCUAGCCCAGCUCGCAAGUGUGGCCGCCCCGCAUAGAAUUUGCGAAGGGGCCACGCGGGGGAGAAAUGUAUCGCGCUUGGGACUUGCUUGCCAUGGUUCGGGCAAAGGCCUCCGCCUGUUUUUGCCUACAGGCUACACCCCGAAAGGGCCCGGGACUCACCGCAAGCACCUCACUGCGCGCCCGGCGCCCUGCUCUUCAGGAAAUGGCUGCAGAAGUUGGCUCGGCCGGCAAACGGCCCCGGGGGGCGCGACAUCUGGAGGGCCUUGCGCGUUUGCAAGGCCUUCGGAAAGCCCAGCGCAAAAAACACGCCGCCCGUGUCUCGGGCCAGAGCCAACACCGGCGGACAGCACAGCCCCCCCGGCCGCCCG